CUGCGUCCGUUUCCUUGGAGACCAAGACAGGCAAGAAAGCGGCAGGUCUCGCUGGGAAGUUUGAGUGGCCUUGGUUACCGCGCGACCCACGCUGAGACAAGGAAGUUGGAGAAGCCGAACAAAUAGGCAUCCCAAAAGAUCGGGGCCCCAAGGCCUCCGGACUCUUCUUCCAUUCCCCCUAAUGGCGCGCGUCUUUCCGAAACUCAACCACGCUGGGAUUUGCUCCACAGUCCCCCAGUUCCAGGUUCUGGAUUAUGUUCCAUGGCAGCGGUCCAAACAGAAAGCCAAGCCAUCUACUCUGCCUCCAAUCCCACGAACUGUCAACACUAAGAAAAGCAAAAUGAAGACCUGGACUACCGUCCAGCCAGGGUUGCAAUCCAAGCCCACCUUGUGGAUGACAAGUCAGCCGAGGAAUCCACUAGAACUGCGCGGAGGAAAGUUGGACUCGGGGAAGACACAGACCAAAAUCCGACUAGUGAGAACGAUGCUCAGGAACCGGCGAACCGCGCACCAGGAGCUCUGCAACCACGAGGACUUCCUCACCAAGCUCUGUGGGGAACUGAUCAAGACCAUCCAGGACACGGACGACAGCUCGGCCCUGAAAGUGAGGGUGAUGCUGCAGCAGGAGGACGUCUUCACGACCAUCGCUGACAUCUUGGAGUACUCAAACGAGAAGAAGCUGCACCAGAUGAAGUGUGAGCUUCAGGAAUGGGAGGAGAAGGAGGAAUCCAAGAUACACAAUCUGGAGCAGCAGGUGGAACAGCUGGAUGCCAAGAUCGAGAAGGUCCACAAGAAAGUGAGCUUCAUGAGCACUUACAUGGACCGUGAGUAUCCCAUCAAGUCGGUCCAGGUUGCCAACCUUGUGCGCCAGCUGCAGCAGGUGAAGGACAGCCAGCAGGAUGAGCUGGAUGACCUCAGUGAGAUGUGCAGAAUGGUCCUGGCAUCUAUGUCCAACCAGAUUCAGAAUAAGAAAAAAAACCUACUGAGGUCUCUGGUGGUGGUGAGUAGCCAGCCACUGUGGCAGGUAUCCAGGUCCUGCCCCCAGCCCUGCUUUUUUCCCUGUCCUCUGCCUCUAGGCCCCCCCACACACCCACCAUGCUACCCAGUGCAUGGUCGCCCCUGGGGCCAGACUUGGGGGCCAGACCUCUCCUUCCUCUGCAGAAAAUCCAGCGUGCUCAUCAGGAAGCGCUCCUGCAGAAGACUUGGAAUAGCCGGCUCAUACUGAAAUACAUGGACAAGUUCCGAGAAGUGCAACCCUAACAUGGACAUCAUCCUCAACAUCCCUGUGGAAGAGCUGCUGCCCUUCUAGAUGGUGGGGCGAUGGGCCACCCCUCCCUCCCUGGUCCCUUCCCCACACCCAGAGCCUUGAGUUCUCUCCUUCCAAGACCACGUCCCCAUCCAGACCCUGGUCUGCAGUUCCUUCCUUCCUCAUACUCCCUCCCUCCGUCCUUUUCUUCCUUGCUUCUUCCUUUUUUCUUUCCGCUUCCUGCAUCCCCCUCUCCCUCCAUUCUUUUGGUUGGUGCUGCUACUUGAGCCAGGUAGGAAUUCCUAGUCAAGUCUUUUUUACCAAUAAAGCUGGAUUUGCCUUUUGCCAGUG